UUUGACAGUUCACAGUUUUGACGGGUUUGGAGAAAAAUCGAAUCCUCGGUAGCAAAUAAUCGCCCGCGGUUUGGGAAAUUGUUUGGGAAUUGGUUUGAUCGUGAUCUACCGCCCCAGCCAUGAGUAGUCCGGCGAAGCUGCAGGAUCUUCCACCGAAGGGAGGCUACCAGAACAUUCCCUUCGCACGGGUGCCUGCCAAAACCUACUUCCGAGGCUGGCAAAUGAUUGCCGGUUACGCCGGUAUCUCGACCGUUGGACUGUUUCUGUACUGGUUGAAUGUGAAGGAGAACCAUCGGAACGAGAUCGAAAUGCGUUCGGCGCGGAACGUUAUCUAUCCGCUGCUAGUGGCCGAGCGUGAUCGCGAGUACAUGAAGCAGCUGCGAAGAAACCGCGACGAAGAGGCGGAACUUAUGAAGAACGUGGAAGGGUGGGAGGUUGGCACCUGGUACGGUGAACCAGUGUUCAAAACACUCCCCAAGGACAAGCUGAUCGAACCGACGUUCCAAGAGUUCUACGUCCACACCGAACACAAGCAUAUGGCCCAGCGUUCCGACAUAAAGCUGAUGAGUUAAACCCACGGGCUGACUCCUCUUUGGCUGGUUGGUUUAGAAGUUGUAGUUUGAAAUGGAAAUGUUGUGAACAAUAAAACGGAAAUCAUC